UGACAGAAGUCGUCUCGUUUCAAUGAGCCAUUACGAAGAGUAAUACGCCCACAGUUUUAAAGCUUAUGGGUGUUUUUAAUUUUGACAAUUUUAGACAAUUCUGAACUAUAUUCUAUAUUAAACACUGACACGGUGACAGAAUGGAGUACCGCGAAGGUGACAGAUGAAGUACGGGGCGAGUCCGGCAACAGUGAUCAUGUCUAUUUAAUUUUAAGGAGAUAAAGUUGUGUGGUUGUUUUUAUUGCUUUUUACAUAAACAUCGCAAGUGUUCUACAAUCCCACAAAGCUUCAAGCAGUUUUUUGUCGUUAAUUGCCUUUUAAGUUGGCGAUAUGGCAGUUGAUCUUGCGUAAUAUGACCCCUUUGCUGUCAAAUAGGAAGUCAAAGUCUCGCAGUGCAUUUCUUCACCGAAAAUCAUAAAGUGUGCAGACUAUAUGAACUAUUGUGAUCUCAAAUGUCUAAAGGACGUUUUAAAAUCCCGGAAAGAACCUCCGGUUUCAUGUGGCAAACAUGCGCUUUGAUGAGUCUUAAUUGUCAACGCUUGAUUUUGUACAUGAAGCAUAUGCUUUGGGACUACAGGUUUGCGGUCGGAGGCAGAAUUCUUAUAAAAAUAGAUGUGUGGUGUACGUCUAGUAAAUAUUGCACUUGAAGUAUUCAAUCCCUGACUUCAGCUGCCGAGAAUCCACGGCUGCUUGUUCUUUCAAGAAGUCAUGAAUGAGUGCAUUGUACCCGCUCACCUAGAAAGUCGUGUUUUUCCUGGUUUUGACCUACAUAUUGGGUGCAUACCAUCCAUGCACGUGAACACUGAAAUCGAAGAGGAUUUGGUUAUUUUGUAUAAUUUGAAUUAAAUCGAGUUUUGGACAGCAUUGUACAACAUUCUUUUUUACUUAUUGGUUAGAUACAUAAAUAUUUUAUAGAAGGAGAGUAUGGUGAGUCACCCCCCCCCCCCCAGAAGAAUAGAUACUAUAUAUCUAUUUUUUUUCCCCUCAUAGUAGGUUGUACAGUUUACGAUGUGUUUUUACUGCUCAUUGGUUGAGACUCUGAAGAUGAUUUUAUGUAUCAAGCUCAAGAGGAGAGCAUCAGGUUCAUCUGCAUCACUCAUUGUUACUCCCCUGCAUGAACAGUGUCCCCACGAAAAUCUUCUGCCGAUACACAAAAGACGCUUCGCCUUUGCCAUGUCAUAAUUCAACUGUGAAAUUCCAAACACUUGUAUCUAUUCCUGUGGGGCAUUUUUGUCUUAAAAAUUGUUUAAAGAUUUCUUAUUCCCUGUUGACUUAUUCAGACUGUGCUCAGUUCUGCGAUCAGAUGUUUUGAUCUAGAUGUGAUCUCCAGUUCCUUUCCUUCUCACAUGCAGCCCCUAAAUAAACUUCUGUAUGGGGGCUGAGAUAAGACUUUGCCACCCUCUCUGUGAAGGGGGUAUGUCGUACCUCCUCGGAUGGUGUCAUCCCAGAUGUCACGUACCAUUUCAGGAUCCUGGCAGCGACUCAAGGCUUUCUGGUGUUAAAUAUGGGCAGAGCAGGAGCAAUGUCUGUCAUUUAGUGUGCGGUGUACCUUUUGGUGCGGUGUACCUUCACACAGUACGUGUGUGCCGGGAGUGCGGUUCAUCGAUGCGGUUGUUUUUAAGGGGAAAUCGCUGAAGUGCCUCGGUUUAGAAACACGAGCUGCCUUAGCUGAGGUGACUGAGCAAUAAUGUCAGUAGCCAUGGAAAGUCCUUAUGCGCAUAUUAGGGAGGCCCUGGACCCACAGAAACCGGACCACAAGUUCUACAACCUGUCCAAACUUGAGGAUCCUCGAUACACACGACUUCCCUUCUCCAUCCGUGUGUUGCUGGAGGCUGCUGUGAGGACCUGCGAUGAGUUCCUGGUGAAGCAGGCCGACGUUGAGAAUAUUCUCAACUGGGGCCAGACCCAGUGGGAGAGCGUAGAGGUCCCUUUCCGGCCAGCUCGGGUCAUCCUGCAGGACUUCACUGGGGUUCCCGCAGUGGUGGACUUCGCUGCGAUGCGUGAUGCCGUGAAAACCCUGGGCGGAGACCCUGAGAAGAUCAACCCCGUGUGCCCAGCAGACCUGGUCAUCGACCACUCCAUCCAGGUUGACUUCAACAGAAAGUCUGACAGUCUACAAAAGAAUCAGGAUUUGGAGUUUGAAAGAAAUCGGGAACGAUUUGCUUUUUUAAAGUGGGGCUCCAAGGCCUUCAGGAACAUGCGGAUCAUACCUCCAGGCUCUGGCAUCGUGCACCAGGUCAACCUGGAGUACCUGGCCCAUGUGGUGUUUGACCACGAUGGCUUUUACUACCCUGACAGCCUGGUGGGCACAGACUCCCACACCACUAUGAUCGACGGCUUGGGGGUGCUAGGCUGGGGGGUGGGCGGGAUUGAGGCGGAGGCUGUCAUGCUUGGCCAGCCAAUCAGCAUGGUGCUGCCACAGGUCAUUGGCUACAAGCUGAUGGGCGUUCCCGACAAGCUCAUUACAUCAACGGACAUCGUACUCACUAUUACCAAGCACCUACGACAGGUGGGUGUAGUAGGGAAGUUCGUGGAGUUCUUUGGGCCAGGCGUGUCCCAACUGUCGAUCGCCGACCGAGCGACCAUCUCCAACAUGUGCCCAGAGUACGGUGCCACGGCAGCCUUUUUCCCUGUAGACCACAUCAGCAUAAAAUACCUGGAGCAGACAGGGAGAUCCGCGGAGAAGCUAAACUAUGUCACUCAGUAUCUGAAAGCCGUGGGCAUGUUCAGAGAUUAUAGCAACGCUGACCAGGACCCCGAAUUCACCCAGGUGGUGGAGAUGGACCUGGGCACGGUUGUCCCUUGCUGUAGUGGCCCCAAAAGGCCUCAGGACAGGGUGGCUGUGACAGAAAUGAAGCGGGAUUUUGAAGGUUGUCUAGGGGCUAAGCAAGGCUUCAAGGGCUUCCAGGUGCCUCCGGAGCGCUUGAACAACACGGUCUCCUUCCAGUACAACGGCACAGACUUCUCUCUGAGUCACGGCUCUGUGGUCAUUGCUGCAAUCACCAGUUGCACAAACACCAGCAAUCCGUCUGUCAUGCUGGGGGCAGGGCUCCUAGCAAAGAAAGCUGUGGAGGCGGGUCUUAGUGUCCGGCCCUACAUUAAAACCAGCCUGUCGCCGGGCAGUGGCGUGGUCACGUCCUACCUUAAAGAGAGCGGAGUGAUGUCCUACCUCUCCAAGCUCGGGUUUGAAGUAGUGGGCUAUGGCUGCAUGACCUGUAUAGGGAACAGUGGGCCCCUCCCUGACCCUGUGGUGGAGGCCAUUACUCAGGGGGACCUGGUGGUAGCCGGAAUCCUGUCUGGCAACAGGAACUUCGAAGGCCGAGUGCACCCCAACACCCGCGCCAACUACCUAGCCUCGCCGCCACUGGUUAUUGCAUACGCCAUUGCGGGGACCAUCCGCAUCGAUUUGGAAAAGGAGCCGCUGGCGGUGACGCCUGAGGGAAAGGAGGUCUUCCUCAAAGACAUUUGGCCCACGCGGGAAGAGAUCCAGGAGGUCAAGCACCAGUUUGUUAUUCCUGCCAUGUUCAAGGAGGUCUACACUAAGGUGGAGAAUGUGAAUGAGCGGUGGAAUUCCCUCAAAGCCUCCUCUGACAAGCUCUACACAUGGGACCCCAACUCCACCUACAUCAAGUCCCCUCCAUUUUUCGACGGGCUGGCGAGGGAGCCACAGCUACCCAAGUCCAUAAACGACGCGUAUGUACUGCUGUACCUUGGGGACUCUGUGACCACAGACCACAUAUCGCCUGCCGGGAACAUAGCCCGGAACAGCCCUGCAGCGCGGUACUUGACCAGCAAGGGCCUCUCUCCGCGGGACUUCAACUCGUACGGGUCACGGCGUGGCAACGAUGCAGUCAUGGCCCGGGGCACUUUUGCCAACAUCCGUCUCUUCAACAAGCUGCUGGGCAAACAAGGGCCACAGACGGUGUACCUGCCCUCCGGUGAAACGAUGGAUGUGUUCGAUGCUGCUGACGAGUACAAAAAGGCCGGCUUGCCUCUCCUGGUCCUGGCCGGGAAGGAGUAUGGAUCGGGCAGCUCCAGAGACUGGGCUGCCAAAGGGCCAUUCUUGUUGGGCAUCAAGGCGGUGUUGGCCGAGAGCUACGAGCGCAUCCAUCGCAGCAAUCUGGUGGGGAUGGGCGUCAUCCCGCUGGAGUACCUGCCAGGCGACACGGCCGAGUCAUUGGGCCUGACGGGCCGCGAGUGCUACACCAUUGUCAUCCCAGAGACACUGACGCCCAAGAUGAACGUGGACAUACAGCUGGACACUGGGAAGACCUUCCAGGCUUGCAUGAGGUUCGACACUGAUGUGGAGCUCACGUAUUUCCAGCACGGCGGCAUCCUCAACUACAUGGUCCGUAAGAUGUCGGAGAAGUAGAGGAAAGAGGGGAAGAAAGGUCACCUGGCACAUGCUGAUACAUCAAGCCUGCAAGUGUGAUGAGAGUUACCUUGUAAGGACAAGGACCCCCCCCUAGAAACACCCAGUCCCAGUUCAAGAUGGGUGGUAAUGCAGACUUGCAGUACAUCUGUUGUGGUGGUGUUUUAGAGAUUGCAGUUUGGAUUAAAAUCAGUUUUGUCAAUUUUGGGACAUGUAAGUCCAGGUUGGCUUUGACUGGGACGAGAAUAAAAAUAUUAAAUCCUACUUAUAAUUAUUCUGCCUGUAAUUAAUAGUUUAAUCAAAUAUAUGACAUUUUAUAUUUAUGAAGUAAUUUUAAUACCCGUACAGUGAGCACCACUUGCCUUAAACUAUUAUAGCUUACUGUUUAGAGAGGACUGAUCGUAAGUGCCCAUAGUUUUAGGUGAAUGACCUUGUCAUUGACUAUAGCUGAUAUGCAGAAAAGUACAACCUAAUAUAACAACUGGAUUUCCCCCCUUUAUUUCAUUAAUUGUGUAAAAUCUAAGUACACCAUACAUUAUACUUUAAAACACUGCUACAUAUUAAAAUGCCAUAUCUGUACCUGUACAAUCUAGAUUAUGUUCAAGUAGCCAGAUGGGUUUUCAUCCAAAUAAAUUUCACUUGGAGGCAGACUUUCACACUUUUUACAUCAGCUUGUCCAGGAAUUGGUUUUUCAUACCUCCCCCCUCAACUUGUGGACCAGAUAUGUUGCUGUUUGCUUGCUUCCACAAUAAACCCUUUUUGGACCAAA